UCGUAUUAUAGUUAUUGAAUUCAACAAUCAUUUAAAAAUAAUAUUUUCUACCAAGUGCGAUAUAAAUAUGGCUUAUGAAAACUCUAUGUUUGUACCGCCGUGGCACGAGUGGUCGAACGAUUUCAUUGACGCUGAAAAAUGGAACAAAUUCAAUGACGAAUACGUGUUCAAACAUCCUGGCGGACACGAACGCCUACCGACGGAAAUCGCGGGCCAAGUCAAGAAAUGGGAGAGACCGGACAAGGUAUUCGGUAGCGCCAACGAACUUGUCGUCCAGACCAAAGUUAACUUAAACGACGUGUACAAUUUGCUGACCGUGAACAAAUCGCUGAUGGACGUCAAAGUUUAUCGAUGGAUACUGUACCACAUAAUGUUGUGUACGAGUCGCUUAAAAAACAAAUGGCCACAACCAUGGCACCCAUCUAAUCUGAUUUUCUCACGUUGUAAAGUCAAGGUAGCGUGGAACAAACAAUCGGAUUCCCAAUAUAAUCCAUAUGGAAAAUAUUGGUUGAAAUUGUUUUUUAUGGGAAAGUUUCGUAUGCUGUGUGUCAGCGAUCAUCUACCAUUAGACAACAACAAUCGAAUUUUACUGCCACUAUGUGAAAACAACAAAGUUCUUUGGCUUCCCUUACUUGUUAAAGGACUACUGCGUAUUUACGCAUUGGCCGACGAGUUUGAACAAUUCAAUACUAUAACAUGUCUUACUGGAUGGUCUUGUAUUGAAACCAAUUGCCAACGCAUUUCGAAAGAUGUCGUAUGGUCUUCAAUUAUAUCACAUUCGUCCAAUUCGAUUAUUAACACAGAACUAACGGACAGCAAAAAAAAAAUGAAAAAUAAAAUUUCUAUUCAAAAUAUUACUAAUAAGGAAUGUUUUCCGAUUAAAACUACCGAAGACACGCAAUGCUACUAUGACAAAACUAAUUUGAACUAUGACACAAGUCUCUCAAUGUCUAUAUUUAUUGUCAUCAAAUUAUCACCAACUGUCUACAAAAAGAAAAACCCUGAUUUAAUGAAUUUACAACCAAUAUUUUUAAAUAACAUUAAAUUAGCAAAAAACAAAUCAAUAGAACCAUGGAAAACAUAUCGCUGGAUUAAAUGGGCAGUCGAAAAUGAUAAGAUCAAACCACACGAGUUAGGUGAUGUUAUGAAAUUGAUAAAUAUUGAAGCACCUUGCACGGCCACACUGAAACAAACUUGUCCUCUGAUGAACGUUCUGAAUAAAUACAAAUCGCCUAAAAACGAAGUGCAAUACGAACUUGAUUUUCAAUACCUGGAACCAUUUAUGACUCAUAUUGAAUUCUACAUCAAACCCUAUGAAUCCUUUCCAUUUGUAAGUUCGAUAUACUUUCGAGACGAAGAAAGUCCGACGGACGGCAAAAGCAAUCUAUCAUUGAAAAAUGUCAUUCCGAUAGAUAAUGUUCACUGUUGCGUUUAUUUGCAUUUCGAAUCGCCUUACUGCGAAUCUAUACUGUUCACGUUAUCGGUUUGCGAAAAUUAUGCGAUCCACAACGGUAAUAUUGUAACAGACGCACCUUCGAACCAAAUCGCAGUCGAUUACUCAUUUGUUAUGGUGGAACAAUUUCUUUGGUACGAGACGAAACUCUCAGCACCUCUAUCUACGAUUCGCACCAGAGGAGUGUCAAACGACGUGAUAAAAUUUCAACCUGGAAUAAACGUGCUGAAAGUAUGGGGUGAACUACCAGCGAAGUAUUCACUGACAGCCGAGUCGACGGUUAACUUCUCUAUCUACCGAACGGUGCAAGCCGUCUAUGAAAGACUUAUCGAUCAUCCCACAUCGUUGACGUCUUUUCUCCUGCCUAUAAAUGAAUCAUUUUUAAAACUAUGUGCCACAACGCCAAAUACUGGUGAUCAUGGAAAACAUUUACUUAAUUUUUACUCUUCGUUUAUGCCACCGUGCGCAAAUCAAGAAAACGAACUGAAGAAAAUCGAAAGAUACUCGACUAUUUUACAAAGUGUCCAAGCAGCUGUAGAAGAAUGGAUUGAAAACAAAUUUCAAAAUGAUUUGAAUGGUAUGACAAAAAUGUACACGGAACUACAAGAAUUAUUUCAAAUAAAUUCAUUUGGACAAAAACAAAUUUUUAACUUAAAUGAAAAACUUAAAUUACAGCCAAAAGAAAAUCCAAUAAAAAAAAAAGAUGAAAAACCCAUAUCCACAAAAAAAUCAGUUUUUAAAUCAAAAUCAGCGGUAGUGAAAAACACGAUUAAUUUAACUACACCCAAAACAACUAAAAUUAACAUGCCAACAAUUUUAAAAGCAAAUAUGUUUGAAAUAUUAUGCCAAGUACUAAAUUCCGAAAAAAUUGACUUGGACGAGUACUACUUGAAAAAUGAUUUAUUUAACUAUGUAGUUAACAUUGUGUUUGACGAAAAAAUUGCAAAACUUGAUGAUCCAUUGUUGUUAUUUCGACUAGAACUCAAUACUCAUUCUAAUUUCGAACGUGUACCGACAAUUAUACAAUUUUCAAAUCAAGUUCAAAAUGAUUACGUUCCAAAUUUGAUUUUGAUUGACAACGAUUCUCUAAAAGAAGUCAUGCCAAUGAAUAUUGAUUUUAAUUUGUUUAUGAUUAACAGAACUACCAACGGAUACACGUUAUUAGGGUGGUUUUCAGAAAAUAAUACGGAUAUUAAAUUUUACAGUUUUAAACUUUUAUUUUUCGGACGACCAUACCAGAUAUUACAUUCAUGUGGAACGCUUAAAGAAAAAUUCUACAAAUAUAGCUCAACAAUAUGCGAUAACUUGUGCACACCCAAUUUUAAUUCUAAGCAUGUGAAAAAUAUAUUUUGUAAACCAAAUAUCAAUAACCUAUUGGCUAGGGUAUUUCUAAACAUUGAAAAUCCAGCAAGAUUCACGAUAUACUGUCAUCUAAAAGAUCUAGAUAAUGUAUCUAUGGAAAUUCGAGUGCUAAACAAAAAUAGUGACUCUACGGUCUUAGCAUCAUCUCGCGUAUGUGGAAAAACGGCAUUAAUUCCAGUUGUAUUUUUGGAUCCAUAUUUUAACGAAACAAAUACAAAUACUUCUACUGAUAGUACUAACAAUUCGAUCAAAAAAAAUUUUGUAAUCGAGGUUCUUUUAACCAAGAAUAUUGAAAUAAAUUAUUUCAGUACAGAUAAAUCAAAAAAUGAAUACGAUUGGACGAUUUCAUGCACUUACGAUCAAACACUUACAGAUAUUACAUUAGAAAUAGAUACCGCUUGGGAUUAUUUUCAAUUUUACAAUUCCACGCCACAUCAAAUAUCUACUGAGCAUUUGUCAGAGAACUCAGAAUUCGGUGUUCAGAUAGAAGAUAGUAAUAUUUCCCAACCUAAUUUGAGUUAUCAACAAACAUUGAAAUCUAUGAUGAUCACUAAAGACUUGUACAAACGAAAUUUCGUGGAUAAUUACACUAAAGAGUCUCGUAAAUCUCUACUUGAAAAAGAAAACAUAUUAAAAGAUAGAGUAUCUGAAAUAAUCGAAGAACAUAAUAUUUUCGUAAAUACUAUCAAUAAAAACAUUGAUUUAGAAAAUGAAAUCGCUCAAACUAAAUUUAAUAAUUCAUGCAUGCAAAUCUUAAAUUCAUUUGAAUUGCAGCGAAAAUCAUCUUUAAAUAUGAGGCCAUCACGAAUGUGGAAAAAGAAAACAUAAUUUGUCAGAAAAUGACUAAUUGUAAAAUUAUUAUUAUU